CGUAACGCGUGAGCGGCAAAGUGAGGUUAAAUUUGUUUGAGGUUAGUCCAACGGUCACAGCUGAAAAAAAUAAAAAGUGCUUGAAGUGUAUUUUUGAAACAAUUAUCAAACAAAAUGGAAAUAUCCGACGAGAAUCUUCGUAUUUUGAGCCAAUACUUACAGCAAACAUUAAGUCCCGAUCCCAACACUCGUCGACCCGCUGAAAAAUUCCUCGAAGGCGUCGAAGUGAAUCAGAAUUACCCUCUGUUGCUGCUUAAUUUAGUCCACAAGCCUGAAGUAGACGUGACAAUACGGGUUGCAGGCUCAAUUGCGUUUAAAAAUUACAUCAAACGCAAUUGGAGUAUUGAGGAGGAUCAGAAUGAUAGAAUUCAUGAAAGCGAUAGACUGGCUAUUAAGAAUCUCAUUGUUUCUUUAAUGUUGAGUUCACCUGAAGCGAUACAAAAACAGUUGAGUGACGCAAUUAGCAUAAUAGGAAAAACGGACUUUCCCCUAAAAUGGCCAGAAUUGAUCACUGAAAUGGUGGACAAAUUUGCUACAGGUGAUUUCCACGUAAUCAAUGGAGUCUUGCAGACAGCACAUUCCCUCUUUAAGAAAUAUCGUUACGAAUUCAAGUCCAAUGAACUCUGGUUGGAAAUUAAAUACGUACUAGACAAAUUAGCGAAGCCUUUAACGGAUCUUCUUGUGGCUACAAUGGGGUUAACACAAGCACACCAAAACGACGUCAGUGCUUUAAAAAUAAUAUAUCAUUCACUUGUGUUGAUUUGUAAAGUAUUCUACUCUUUAAAUUACCAAGAUCUUCCGGAAUUUUUUGAAGACAAUAUGGCCACAUGGAUGUCAAAUUUCCACACGUUGUUAACAGUUGAUGUUAAAGCAUUGCAAAAUUCAAGUCAAGAUGAAGCUGGCGUAAUAGAACAAUUGAAAUCACAAGUUUGUGAUAACAUUGCUUUGUAUGCCCAAAAAUAUGAUGAGGAAUUUCAACCAUAUUUACCACAGUUUGUAACUGCUGUUUGGAAUUUAUUAGUUGUUACAGGUCUUGAACCAAAAUAUGAUUUGUUGGUCUCCAAUGCUCUCCAAUUUUUGUCGUCAGUUGCAGAAAGGUCACAUUAUAGGAAUUUGUUUGAGGAUAAUGCGGUUUUGAGCAGCAUUUGUGAACAAGUUAUCAUUCCUAAUAUGGAAUUUAGAGCAUCAGAUGGAGAGUUGUUUGAGGAUAAUCCAGAGGAAUACAUUAGGAGAGAUAUUGAAGGGUCUGAUGUGGACACAAGAAGGAGAGCCGCUUGUGAUUUAGUUAAUACUUUGAGUCAAAACUUCGAAAAACGGAUAAUUGAUAUAUUUGGACAAUACUUACAGGUAAUGCUAUCAAAAUACAACGAAAAUCCCAAAACAAACUGGCGCAGUAAAGAUGCCGCCCUCUACUUAGUAACUUCUCUCGUAAGUAGGGGGGCUACGCAAAAACAUGGAGUCACUCAAACCAGCCAAUUGGUGUCAAUACCACAAUUCUGUCAAGACCAAAUCCUUCCCGAGCUUAAAAGAACCGAUGUUGAUGAAUUGCCGGUCCUCAAAGCCGAUGCAAUCAAAUAUUUGCUAACUUUUCGGUCUGUACUACCCAGCGACAUGGUCGUCGGAGCUAUCCCUUUAUUAAUUCAACAUUUAACAAGCGAAAGUGCAGUCAUACACACAUACGCAGCUUGUACAAUUGAAAAAAUUCUCAUCAUGAAGGAUAGCAACAAUCAGAAUGUCCUAAAUGGGGCUACUUUGGAGCCCUUGACAAGUCAAUUGUUGGUUAAUCUUUUUGCAAUUUUGGACAAACCAGUCUCUGAGGAAAAUGAAUACGUUAUGAAAACCGUGAUGAGGAGUUUUUCGACGUUACAAGACCGUAUCAUUCCUUAUUUGCAAUCAGCUUUACCCAAACUCACAGAGAAGUUGCAAAUGGUUGCGAAAAAUCCAUCAAAACCCCAUUUUAAUCAUUAUUUAUUUGAAACGAUUUCUUUAGCGAUUAAGAUUGUUUGUAAAACGAAUGCAUCAGCGGUUACUUCGUUUGAAGAUAUUUUGUUUCCAAUUUUUCAAGGAAUUUUGCAACAAGAUAUCCAAGAGUUCAUUCCAUACGUGUUUCAAAUUUUGUCUCUGUUGAUGGAGUUCACCCCAAUGGGCAAUAUAUCAGAUGCGUAUAUCCAGCUUUUGCCUUGUCUUUUGGCCCCCGUUUUGUGGGAACGUCCGGCUAAUAUCAGCCCCCUUGUUCGCUUGUUAAGCGCGUUUACGGUGCAUGCGGGUUAUCAGAUUGUAGCACAAGAUAAAUUGAGCGGUUUUCUGGGAGUUUUCCAAAAACUCAUCGCGUCAAAAUCAAAUGACCACGAGGGUUUCCAUUUGAUGCAAAACAUGAUCCAACAUUUUCCAAUCGAGGCUCUAACGCCAUAUCACAAGCAAAUUUUCUUUCUGCUUUUCCAAAGACUGUCGUCGAGUAAAACCACGAAAUUUGUUAUAAAUAUAAUUGUCUUUUUCUGUUUGUAUGCCGUUAAGUAUUCACCAGCUGAGCUGGUCUCGGUCAUCGAUGGGAUCCAGCCCCAGAUGUUUGGUAUGGUCCUCGAGAAACUCUUAAUCUCCGAGUUGCAAAAAGUUUCAGGGAAUGUCGAAAGAAAAAUCGUAGCGUGUGGUAUCACAAAAUUAUUAUGUGAAUGUCAAGAGUUGCACACGGGAACUUAUCAGAAAUUCUGGCCGCAACUUUUACAAGCUUUAAUCAUGUUUUUUGAAAUGCCAUUAGAUGAAAGUUCUUUACCAGACGAUCAUUUUAUCGAGAUUGAUGACACUCCCACGUUUCAGACCGCAAGUGCCAAGUUGAAUUUUGCAAAUAUUGCGAAACCGGACCCUUUGCAAAGUUUUGGGGAACCGCGACAAUUUUUGGCGCAGAAUUUGGCGACUUUUGGACGUGCCCAGCCUGGAAAAUUGCCGGCCUUAGUGGGAAAUAUGAACCAGCAAGCGCAGACCAUCCUUAAUCAGUAUCUGGCAAAAUUUGGUGUACAACUCAUGUAAUUUUUCCUUUUGUUGUGUUGUUUAUAUUGCUUUCAGAAUAGUGAAUAAAACCAUAUUUUUUAAAAAA